AUGUCUGAUGAGCUCGAAGCUCGAAUGUGGGAUGAAGGUGGCUCCAGAUACGAAGCUAGAAGCCGAGGGGCGUACUAUGAGUCUGCGUUUGCUUCUUCAGAACAAAUGGAUCGAGCACCGUUGUUAGCCGAGGAGAGUUACGCUGAGGUGACAGUGGCGACAUCUGGUGAAUCAGAGGAGCACUGCCACUGGAAGAGGCCGGAGCCUCCCAGUGCUGUACCUCAGCUGCUGGCGGCUUUGGUGCUUUGUUUCGUGUUUAUGAUAUGCGAGCUCAUCGGCGGCUAUCUCGCCGGCAGUCUCUCGGUGAUGAGCGAUGCUGCUCACAUGUUAAGCGAUUGUGGCGGUUUCGCGUUGGCAUUGCUUGCCUUCCGCUGUGCUUCCCGACCUCCCACCGCCAGUAUGUCUUACGGAUAUCGACGAGCUGAAGUGCUAGGUGCAAUGGCGUCCGUGCUGUUAAUAUGGGCGUUGACGGGCGUGUUCGUGUACGUGGCCGCCGUGCGUAUACACACCGGCGAAUACAAUAUCGAACCAGACAUGAUGAUGAUAGUAUCUGGUUGUGGAGUCGGUUUUAAUGUGUUACUGGCUUUAGUGCUUCACGGAUGUGCUUCGGAUAUCGCUCACCACCACACACACGGCGGUGCGGCAUGCGGACACACACAUACACAUUCGGAGGCCUCUCCUCAGCGGUUUAAGCUAUUCCGGCGAAGAGAACACAAACAUACAAACGGGAACGUUCCCAAUGGUGAUUAUAGGAUGAAGGACCUAAGCGCUAGUGAUACAACGGUUAUAGGGAAUUCGCAAAGGAACAUAAACCUCCGUGCUGCGCUCAUUCACGUGAUCGGAGAUCUGAUUCAGAGCUGUGGGGUGCUCCUUGCAGCUGUCAUUAUUAAGUUUUACCCAGAAGCAAAGGUGAUAGAUCCCAUAUGUACGUUCGUGUUCAGCGUACUCGUCCUGCUGACGUCCGUGCGCGUCGUGCGAGAUGCGCUCGCGAUCCUUAUGCAGGCUGUGCCUUCUGACUUCAGGUAUCGCGAGUGCGUGAGCGGCUUAUUAGCCGUGACGGGCGUGCGUCACGUGCACUCGGUCCACGCGUGGGCCUUGUCGACUCACCACAUUGUACUCACUGCACAUAUUGCCAUCGACGAGUUGGCGGAAUGGGAGGGAGUGCUGUCCACGUGCCAGAGGCUGGCGCGGUCCAUGGGCGUGAGCAGCGCCUGCUUCCAGGUGGAGCGGUUCUCGGGGGAGAUGGCUCUCUGCGACACUUGCAAAAGACUCGCCGCGCCCUGA